AAUUAAUUUUCUUGUUAUAAAUUUAAAGCGUGGUUAUGUAAUUAAAUGAUUAAAUAUAACUUUUAUAAAGUGUUUUCUAGCUAACGCUUCCUUUUUUCAGUGCUCUUGAAAGAGUUGUUCCUUUGAUUAUGCAUAUCAUCUAUUACUUUCAUUGUUUUUGAAAAGUAGUUUUGUGAGUUCGAAAUUACUAUAAAAUUAAUAAAAUGUUUACAGUUUAACUGUAAAAAACAACAAUGGAAGUGUCUAAUGAAAUAAAGGAAGAUAUUCGCAAAACGCAAUCAGACUUGAAAAAUGCAAUACGAGUUCAUCAGGUCUUGGUCGCGCGUCUUCAGGAAGAUGAAAAUAACUCUCAUAUAAAGUUAAAAGUUAAAGAAGCGGAAAAAGAAAUUAUUGCAAUUGGACAAACACAGAAAUUAGUAGUAGACAGACUUCGCAGAGAAUUAGAACUGUAUCAGCAACGUUUAAAAGCAAGAAAUAAACAAGUUAACAUUGAAAAUGACAACCGCUAUGUAGCCCAGCAAUUACGGGAUCACCAGUUGCAAUAUCGUAACAGGAAUAGGACUAACUCAGUCUCUUUACUAAAGCCAUCUGUGCUCAAUGAAAUACAUAUCACUGGUGAGAAUCAUGCAGAAGAUGGAAAAGAAAAUAAUAUAUCAGAUUCUGAUAGUGAAUUGAAAUUGUCAAAUGAAAAGGAAAAUUCAAACCACAGUGAGACUGAUGAGAAGGAAAAGUAUAGAAAUUAUUCACAAUUGCCUAAUACAGUGGAUAGUAGAAAUAAUUUUGCAAAUGCUCUAAAUAAAGUUAAACAGUCUUUCAUUGGGUCUAAAGUUCAUGAAAAUGAAUGGCAAGAACAGAGGUCAGACUCUGAUUCCUCACCAGGAGUGGAACUUUCACCAACACCAUCACCACCACCAUUACCUGAAGCUGGUGAACCUGUAUCACAAGAGACUUUUAUGAGAUUGAUUGGUUUAGUCACUGCAUCACAAAAAGAAUUACUACUGAAGAAAAGAAAUGAGCGACGUAAAAGAUCCACCACAAGCACUAAUAGAAAUGAUUUUUUAUAUGGCAACUUUGACAUGAUACCUAAACGGAAAAAAUACAACCAAUAUCCAUAUCUACAAACACACAAUGAUCCUCCGCAGACUCGUUCUGCAAAAUUGCGCAAACAGCAGGGUCAAAACAAGUCAUCCCGUGAGGGUUCUCCAUCAGGUUCAUCUACAGAAAAUAAAGGUUGGAAUAAUGGUAAACCUUCGUGGGCUGCAUCUCUGCCGGCAGGUCUUUCUGUAGAACCGGUAUAUCCGUCGACGAAAAAAGUUUGUAACAGCUGUGGAAGAAAUGACGUUCCGUCGUUGCUGGUAUGGUGUGCGACGUGCUGUGUGUGGCAACAUACGGGCUGUGGGGACGGGCGGUGUGCUGCAUGUGACGCUCUCUUACCCGACCCGACCGCCAUGCCCGCUACGCUCUCCACCACACACCACCACUCUCACCACGCUCACCACCCUGACCAUGACGCGCAACUUUAUCGAGAUAAAAUAGCGGAAAGAAAACGGUUGCAAGAAAAAAAUAUAGAACUAUGUGAAGAGUUACGAAAACUGGAAGCUAGAGCAGCUUCACUCAAGGAGAAUCUAAAUGAGCACAAUGCUGAGAAGCGGCAACUGCUUGCCAACCAGAUCAAGACGCAGAGAAACCUUCAGAAGCUUCUAGAUUUCAUCAGUCAGUUCAAGGAGACGUCCAUUAGUAUACGCUCCACGUCGGUUAGCGAAUCUGGCAGCGAGAUUAGUAAAAGCAAUGAGGAGUAAUGGUAGGAGGCAUUAACAUGUGAAAUAUUAAAAUGUAAAAAUACUAUUGGGAGCUAGCUCCUUAAAAAAGGCAUAUAUGUACUUUUUGAUAUUCUUUGUUCAUUGCUGAAUGCUCCAGUCCUGAUCAUGGGGUGAGCAUCCGAGAAUUCUGAGGCACAGCUAACCCGGUCCUCCCUUAAAUAUAUCUAUGGUUUACUGGUUCCUGAGGUGGUUUAUACAAAAUCUAUUUUUUAUUUCAGAUAAAAGAUCUGCCUUUGUCCAAAGUUUGAUGGAUAUUGUUUUGUAUAUAGUGUGAAUGUUGUAGAUACAAUACAACAUAGUCAUUUUGAGAUUCUUUCGUCAGAUUUCUUUUUUCAUUAUAAAGAAUCUAUGAUUAAAAAAAAUAUUUAUAUGAUAUCAAAACGUUUUUUUUUUAAUAUAAUAUAAUAUAUAUGUAUAUUAAAAAUAUUAGAGUAUACAUAUUAAUAUCACCUUUUACUAUCUACUACUUUAAAUUAUUUGUAUUCAUAAAUAAAAAAAAAAAACAAUCGCCACAUGAGUUAAAUCUAUUUCCCUCAACUUUAAGGAAUAAUUUCAACAAAUGCUAAUAUAUUUUUUCUAGCAUAAAAUUGUGUUUUAAUUCACAAUUAAAUGAAAAAAGACUGACGAAAGUCUAAAAUGAAGUAGUAAUUUGAUUGGUCUUGCAAUUAGUGCGUGCGUAAUCUGUUUAUCUAUACUUUAUAUUAUAAUUGCUAAACAAUUUUAUAUCUUUAUUGGAUUUCGUUGUUUAAAAAAUAUACAGACGACGAAGUUACAAUGUAUAAUAAUAAUAAUAACUUUAUUGUUAAACCAUGAUUGUAACAAACGUAGCACUGGAAAUUAUAGUAAAAGUCUGAAUUCACUUGUACAUUUGGAUCAGCUUAUACAUUUGUCUGAACUAGUUUUAAUAAACCUUGUUAAUAAUAUAUGUUUAUUUUGUGUAUUAUCAAGUAUAGAAAACAGAUUAUGGACAUAAAUGAUGUUUUAAAAUGAAUUGUUUUCAAAGUUCUGAUGUUAUAUUUUAAGUUUUUAUUUAUUACGAAAAUAUCAAAUUCUAUUACUUUUAAAGAGUACAAAUAAUUUUAUUAUAUUGAUUGUGUAUAUUUGUUCAAGCAAUUAAUUUCAUCAAUUUUUUUUAUUAAUUUAAUCAGGGUGUUUAGUACCAUUAUGAUAUUUUAAGAACUUAAUUGCAUUAACUGUGUAAUUUAAUUGUUAAAUGUAAACAGGGAAGAUAACUAUUAACAAAAUUUUAAUAUUUAUAUUUUUUAUCUGGUUAAUUGAACUGUUUAAUCAAACAAUGGGUUCGAUUCUGAGAUAUUCUAUUAACCUAUCACUGAAAUUAAAACUUCAAUUUGAUAUCACAACGACAUUUUUAAUGGAUGGGCCAAUAUGAACUACGUUUUUGGUAGAUUCAAAUCAAAUUUAAAUUAUUAUAAAUUAAGUUUAUGACGGUUCAAAUAACUGUAAUUUAGUGAAAUUACCAAAGUAAAAUGUAAGGUUAAGAGAUAGGUCCAAAGAAAGUCACAGAGUCGAACCCAAUAUUAAUAAUUUUAUUGUUGUAACAUUAAUUAUAUUGAUCAAAAGAAUAGCCAAAAGAAAAAGUGUUCAGUAUUACUUCUAAAUUAAAUGUAAGUAUUUUGUAGAUUAGCAGUUAGUGUAUAUUUCAAAAUAGUUUUUGUUUUAUAAAAAAUGUUUAAUGAAUUAAUUGUUCUCUGUGAUAUGAUUCAGUUAUUCUUGAUCGUUAAUAAAGGUUCUUGUAAAUAAAACUAGGGUAGGGUUGUAAAUAAAUAGAUUCAUAAAUUGGUAA